CGAUCGUUUUGUAUAGUGCGCCCUCUUUUUUGUGAACAAUCGAGUACAUGAACUCUCUUAUCUUACACUUAGCGGAAAAGGCCAACAUUUUACACGCGGUGAACCAUGGACCAAGUCAUGCACAGCUUUGUGUCGCUUUCUCCUUGCUCGGUCUAAAUUUUACACCCCGAAACACUGAAACGUUUGUUGUGACUUGAGCAGAAGACCCCGGCAAUAGCCUGAAUGUCUCAUAUGCUUGUCAAACGGUGAGUUCCAGGUCACUGUCAGAAAACUUGUGAGUUCAGAUGUCGCUGAUCAGUAUUGGAUUGAGAGAGUUGGGGUUGUGCUGACAAAAACGAACUGUCAGCAGAUUACUGAGACCAAUCGCCGUCUUUGCCUUUCCCGGGAGAAAAACUCAAAACGCUCGACAAAUUGCGGUUCAUUGCUCAAAGCCUUCGCCUGUCACUGACUUCAAACUCCAUUUUGAAACUGUGAGAGGAAUUGAAACAAAGAAAAGCAAGCAAUCUGGAUCUCGCACUGCAAGAAAGUCGUUGGGCAAACUAACUAUCCGGUGGCAUUUCUUGGUCAGUAGCAGUUUUCCGAUCAGAUAUAGCGACUUCCCAAGUUUAGUUGAAGCUGUGAGUGCGGCCUUCGGGUUUAUUUUGUUGGAGGUAAACUGGAGCACCGGCCUCUGGCAUGAUUUUCCGUUUGUGAAAUUCUGAAAAGAAAUCGAAUCGACUGGUAAUGCAUAUACAAAAACCUGUCUGGCGCUUACUGCGCACAAGUAACCGCCGGCCCCAUUCCGAACCACUGGUUCGCAAGACAGCGAACGCAAAAUAUUUUGUACGCUCAGGGACCAUGACUUUUGUGCACCUUCGAAAAAAAAAGGUAUGUCAAAUUAUUGUGAGUUUACAAAUGUAAUGGUGGUUUUGCUCUUCACAGUAUUUCCGCCGGCAAAACCACAAUGUAGUAACACAGACUCCACAAAAUGAGCACGAGUGACACCCAUGCACCCGGACGUAUUGUUUAAGUUUUCAGGGGCCAAAGUCAAGGUGGCCCAGAACCUCCAAUCGGGAUUUCAUCCGUAGUUCCCAAUCUCACUAAUGUGCAAAGUUGUGUGACCAAAAGUGCAGCGCACACAAGCGCGCGUAGAAAAGACCGAUCGGCCUUGACCACCAACCCGCAGUAUAAAGCUGUGUUCAGCAGUCAAACACUUUUCGUUAACACUAUCGUGCCAUUACAGUUUUUAACAAUGCUGAAAUAUGAAACAUGUUUGGAAUACUUGUACUGAUGCAUAGCGUUAAGCAAUCGAAGAAUGACGUUAGAAACUCAGUGGAUUGAAAGUAAUGUGAGUAACACAGUUUUAGCGAGUUGGGCAGAGAACCGCAGAAUUUUGUUACACCAAGCCUUCUCAAUUGAGCGUGACACUCAGUUCAUUAAAAAACAGAUUACACACAGUGAGAAACGAACUGUAAUUUUGAUAAGGUUCACGAACGGAGACUAUUCAAUCUAAAACCAACGGAGCGAAGAGAUAGUCUCCUUUCGAGACACCGUAAUUGUACAUGGAAGUGGCGCACACAAAAAACUACACACAAAAGUACUGGCACGCGGGCAGCUGCAGUGGUCGCCGUAAUCCGCGGUUGUGUAAAAAAAGGCUUCGCGGCCUGUCAGGAGCAAGAAAGGCAGUCUCGGCGACUGUCCAACGCACCAGUGAGCAAUUGAGGUCCGAGCCAGCCCAGGUACAAAAACGCAAGAAUGACAUGACAGCUCGCUAUUAUCCUCGUAGCGCCGUGUGGAAACAGUUUCAGAAUAGGGUCCGUUGUUCGUGGCAAGCAUCCGCCGAGCCUCUCUCCUUGGCCACAUUCUGGCUAGUGCGCUGCGGAUGGUUUGUGGUGAAUCUGUUGUAGUUGAUGGCCAACUUCAGAGCUGUCAAGUUGACGGUGGGUGACCGCCCUCGCACACGAUGAUAGUUUGUUUAUCGACGAGGGAAGUUCCCAACACUGAUAGUCCUCAAACGUUCCCGGGUUGAACUGUGAUUCACCUGUGUUGCGACUGCGGAUGAGGAAUACGACACGGUUUUGAAGUCCUCAGUACAGUAAUUAUAGACUCACGGCCUGCUGUGGAAUCGUGAUUUCUUUUUUUUUGCCGGAUCACAAACCGUACUGAGCUCAGCGUUUAUUGGUCAGACGUCAGGAAUUUCGGGGUGGAAUAUGAUGCGAAGUCGUUCGGGAUUGGUCGAUGUAUGAAAACGAAGAUUUGGAACGGCUUGCUGCAUUUCUGAAGACAAAAUAAUGUGAUGGGAAUUCGUCCUAAUUGUAUAGCUUGGUUGUGAUUUUGUUUAAGUACGCUGUGUGUGUGUGCGGCUCAGUCACACUUUGGUGUAGGCUGUCGUGGUGUACAGGCCCAGUUAGCACACUCACGGGAUUAGAGUUGUUGGCUGAUUGUUUUUCAACUCAUGUAUCACCAAUGCUGAGCAAGCGGACGGCUUUGCCCCUGGUCGGCCCCGGCGAUAUCAGUUUUCAGCGGAGGAGGCAAACGCGAACUUCAAAUCCCUGCCCGGCUGAUUAGAGGUGACACUCAAGGGCCAGACGGCCUGUCGAUCGCAUCGGAAUUUCUCCCCAUCUCCGAAUCUGAAUUCUCGUGAACUGCCCCUGUUCUCGAUACUCUGUGCUUUUAGAACCUCGAGCUUCUCGUGUGCACCGGCCCAUCUGUUUUUCUACAACAACACGGAUGCCCUUGGAAUGGGUCACCGGUCGGGAUUUCCAAAUCGCGGCGGAGCUGUCCGGCCGAACUCGGGUGUGAUGCUGGCGGGGGCGACGGUGCGGCUCUUGGUGAUCCUCGUGGCCCACUCCUUGGUCUUGCUGCCGUGCUGGGCCGUGGGCACCCAGGCCGUCCGGACCCAGCCGGUGCCCGGGGAACCCCAGGCUCCCCCGGGGGUAGAGCCACCGGCCAACCUCCCAGACCAAGGCUUGGAAUACAUAGAAAUGAACGGCUACCCGGAGGGGGGAGAAGGCGAAGACGGAGAUUCGGCUAGCUACACCUCGAUCGUGGACACGGGCGAGGGCGGCACUCGGGUAGACCCCCGUGGGAGUUGGCUGUCGUUCGUCCAGCACUCCUCCAGGUUAUCCGAGGGCAGCAACAAGAAAUGCGAGAAGAAGAAGAAGAAAAAGAAGGAGCGAGGGGAACUAGGCAACCCCAGGAAGCUGUCUGAGGUUGUACCCACCGGCUUGGUAGGCCCCCAGGGACCCCCUGGCCCGCCAGGCCCGCCCGGUGCGCAGGUAUCGAAGGAGGAACUACUUGAGGAAUUCAGGGAUCUUAUUAAAGAGGCUGCGGAGAGACGGGCCCAGAUUAUAAUUCAGGAGAAAUGCCCCACCUGCAGCGUUGAGAAUACCACGCAGAUGUGGCUGCCUACAGUGCACGAUGACAUCCUGAUGCCGCACCUUCCCAUAGCGUUCCACUGCAAGCUCAGAGGGGGUGUGGACGUACCAAAGAAGAGCCUCAUUGAAAUCGCCAACUUUCAGACUCCUUUCUCAGACGGCUCGUUCCGGCGGGGAGACGGGAUGGACGUACGGUCGGGUCGCUUCACAGCUCCGCGGUCCGCCAUCUACCAAUUCUCGGCCAACCUGCACAUCCACCACCCGGUGUCUUCCAAGCGCGUGGAGGAGCUGCGCCACCGGGACAAUGUCCGGCUCCUCAUCUGCAUCAACUCGCUCUGCCAGCGGCACACGUCCCUGGAGUACAUAUCGGGACUGGAGAGCAACAGUCGGGUAUUUACGGUCAACUUGUCUGGGUUACUGCAGUUGGAGGCUGGACAGUACGCCUCGAUAUACGUGGAUAACAGUUCCGUGCGGAGGAUCACUGUGCAGGCCGGCUCCGACUUCACGGGACUGCUCAUGGGAGUGUAGCGCCCUCACCAGUCCUUGAGUGAUGAGUGUCCAGCUUGCAAAACAGACGGGUCAAUUUGUUUUUUUUUCCUUCUCUUCGAGCAGCCUGUCAUACAACGGGUCUUCGCUUGUCAUCUGUAACGACAUUAUCAGGAGUUUAAGAGCAGUCGCCUACGUUUACCUUUGGCUGUCGUAUGCUAAUUAGGUUCGUUGUGACUGGUAAUAAUGUACUGACUGCUGAUUGGACCAGUGAUUGCUGAACUUGUCACGUGACUCGCCAGGAAACCAAUUAGGAAACCUCUACUGCACAUUAAUAGGAUUCUGUUAGCAUCAAUGAUGUGCGUUACCAUGCACAUAUGCAUAAUGCGCAUGCAACAUACGGUACGGUCCAAAAGCCAGUCGAAUCACCCACGAGGACAAUCUGUCUCACGGUAUCCGGCGUGCCGCACUCAGAAGUCGAGUUUACUACCGUCCAUCGUACAUGAUGACUUCACUCGCCCCCAGGAGUCAACUGUAGGUCGAAUUUUGUUUCCAUUUAUUAUUGGACCGGAAAGUCCCGCCCACUUAACUGUGGUCUAGUCUGGAGUCGCGACGAAAGAACCUCUCCAAUGCUGUCGAGUUGAAAUGGGGUGGGCCCGGCCCAAAAAAAUGAGAGAACGUCUCAGAGGUGAAACCGCUGUUGAAUUUGUUGCCGCGUGACCCCUGAGUUACAGACAAAAGGCCACGUGAUGUAAAGGAGCCACGUGAUGUAAACCGUCACGUGAUCUACAAGGAGCGCCGUUUCCUUCAAUAAUGUACAUAACAUGUAUCGUGUGAAUAAAUCGAAUGUACCUUGUAGCAUUUAGUUCAACUUAAAAAAAAUAAUUGACUGAAAAACACUGCCAGCGAUAAAGAUGACUAUUUUAAAUCAGUGUGUUCAUGUUUUGUAUAGGAACCUUUAAGUAACGGCCCUGCAGUAUUAAAUAACACGUUGAUGAUGUGUUUAGGAAAGUGGGGUAAUACCAAAUUAAUGUAACAUUUCAUGAGAAAACUAGUAUGAAAAAUUGAAAAUAAUACUCCAAUUUUGAAGUAGAAAAAUAUGACUUUUUCCAAGUUAUCAGUAGAGACUUUUGAACAUUUAUUUAUUUAUUUUAAUGUCGGCUGCAAAGUGAAACGGACCCAUAAACUGGCCAAACCAGAAUAACAUUUCUGGGCCCUCUCCCAACAAAACACGAUCAUUUAAUUGGUCGAUGUAACCCGUUGCCAAUAACAUUUCACCGUCUCUGUAAAAAUUACCGGUCAACGGUGACGAGUCUUUUCGGUUAACUGUGACUGAGGAAGUAGUGGGAAAAGAGUCGACACCGUUUAUAUGAUGUAUCACUUCAGUGAGAUAUGUAAUAUUAUGCAGUCUGCAGGAGAUAUCUCUCUAAAAGGAAAAGAGUGACAAACCCAGUCCCUAAAAGAGUGCAUCCCUUAUAAAAAAAAUGCUCCAGAAGGAGAGAAAAUCACUCCCAAAGAGGAACCAUAUCAAGUCUAACUCUUAUUCCAGUUAUCCCUCAUGACGGCUGCUUGAAUGAGUGGAAAUUUCACUCUGUUCGAGCGGUUUGUAUGAAAAAAGGGAAUCACUCCUUUGGACGGUACGUGUAACUUUCUCACUGUUAUUGCAUCUAUUACCUCAAAUAUCGUUCACGUAUCGAAAUAUUCAUGUCCACACUUCAAAAACUGGAGUAUUUAACACCCCGGUGUUAUCAGAGGACUACACCAACUCUUUCCACUAGUGUUAAAAAUCCUGGUGUGAUUUGGUGUUACUUUUAACGCCCUCCAGUGCAUUGUAACAUUUACAGGUGUACAAAGUAACACCUGCGGUGUUAAAGUAAUACCUAUGGUGUGGUCAUCUCAUAACACCAAAAGUGUUGAUUUUACACCAGGGUUUUCACGGUGCACACUCCAAAUGUAGUGCUGUAUUAUUAAUUGUAAUACAAAAACGUCACACAUCUCAUGAUACUGACAUUUUCAGCAUGCAAAUCAUUUCUACUUAACUACUCCUAAUGAUUUUGCAUGCCUCGUUAGAGGUCAAGUUUUUAUCAUUACAUGACAUUUCUGGGAUAUUCUGAAACUGUACCAACACAUUUCCGAAUGAAAAAAAUGUACUAAGUAAUUUUCCUCAUCGCGUCAAGGGAACAUAACGUGUUAAUAACAAACUUGGGGUAUCAUGGAUACAGACUCCUCUCUCAUUUUUCAGAUUUUUUUCCGAAAAAAGGGCAGAAAAAUGCAGGUUUUUUCACUGUUAGUUUCAUAAAUGUUAUUUACCCAUGUUUCCUAUGUUAAAAACUGCACAAGACUCGUUUGGAAGUAUCGAAACAAAAAUGUAUAGCUGGCGGGUAUCACUGACGUCAUUUUUCAUCCUCGACUGAACCCUUUAUUUCUGUUAAAGCCGGCACACUCUGGUUAAUGGGAGAAGUUGAGUCGCAUGAUGGCGGCAGACACAACGGCUAUUUUGCACAGCAUUUGGAUUGAUGUAGGCAUGCGCGUUCAGUUUUAGGCAUGCGUGUUCUGAGCACGUGCACCACCGGCGCGGAAUUAAAAGGAAAUGACUAGAUACUAACCCGUGAAACC